AUGGGCACACGGAUCUUGGCAUUCUUGUUCUUCUGGGGGAGCACUCCUGACUUGCUGGUCGCGGCGUCAUGCAAGGACGGUUAUCCAGCCGACUACUCUCCACGAGGAUGCUUCGCUGACUCGACCAUCGAUAGGAUUAUGCCUAACAUCCGGCUAGUACAUCUCCAGGAGAUGACCCAGCAAGGGCCUAUGUCUGCCGAGACUUGCUACUUUAUCUGCGACGAUGGGCUUAACACGCACUUCGGCAUGGAGUACUCGACGGAGUGCUGGUGCGCCGUUGAGCCUGACUUGACCAAGCAUGGCCCAGAGCUUGACCCCAUCGAGUGCGACCAUCUUUGCUUCGGCACCACCACCGACGAGUACUGCGGAGGUUUCAACAAGAUGAGCGUGUACGAAAUCACGGCAUACCAGGGCUGCCACAGUGAGGACUUCGAAGUGCCCGUGGAGCACGUGCCCGCGUGGGUUCCUGGCUCAGAGGAUAAGCAGAUUAUCGGGCAGCCAUGGGAUUUUCAGGAAAAGUUCGACCCCGUCAACUUUUUCUUUUCGGACCGCGGCGAUUCGUCCUCGUUCUCCAACCAUGUUCGCAACGGAUCAUCAUGCGAUGUGGAAGACGACCACAAGAAGCUGUUAGACCAGACACACGUUUGGCAAGGUGCCCGAAAGACAACUCCAAGGGUAUUUUGUGGCAUCUACACGCACCAGAACAACCAUGCGACGAAAGUGAAGGCGAUCAAAGAGACAUGGGCAUCCCACUGUGACGGAUUUGUUGCUUUCAGCGAUGCCGCCGACCUCGAACUUCAAACGUUUAUGAUAAAGCACGAAGGUCCGGAGGAGUAUACCAAUAUGUGGCAGAAGAGCAGAGCAAUAUGGAAGUACAUCAACUUCCACUACAAGGAUGAUUUCGAUUGGUUCGUUCUUGGUGGGGACGACCUGUUCAUCAUCGUGGAAAACUUACGCAAGUACCUUCUAUCGGAGGAGGUCAAGCGCGCGGCGGGGGGUCUGGAGAAUGGGGGCACAACCCCCGUGUAUCUCGGAAGGCGUUUACGCGGGUUCGGUGAUGACAACCGAAUAUACAACAACGGAGGAGCGUCGUACGUGCUGAACCAGGCGUCUGUGGGGUUGCUGGCGGACCACUUGGACGAUGAUGACUGCCAACCUCAUACGAAGAAGCCCUGGGAAGAUGUGCUGAUUGGUUCAUGCCUGAAGAAGAACGGUGUGGAACCUUUCGACACCAGGGACAACCUCGGGCGUGAGCGGUUCCACCCCUUCACACCGGGGGCUCACUUUGGGUAUCGCAAACCACCAAAGCUGGAGAAUCGCCACGUGCCAGGGUGUAAGGUUGGCGCAUGGUACCUCAUCCAGGCGAUCGAUCUGAAGUUCGGUCGCGAGUGCUGCUCGGACGACUCCAUCAGUUUCCACUACGUAGAUGAGCAACUGAUGAGGCGGCUUCAUGAUCUCCUGUACCUCUGCCCCGAGGACGAAGUAGAUGAAGUAGCCGUGGUAUGA